AACGGGUGGGUGUUUAUGGUUUCGAAUGUGCGUGUACGUUAGUCAUUCAUUGAAGGUGUAUUAUGGCCGUUGAUUGUGUCCUGGUGACCCUGACUGAAUAGACUUUAGAACAGAAAGCAAUCAUAUACGCGCGUGCGCACACACAUACAUACAUACUCACACAUGUAUAUAUACAUAUGUAUAUAUAUAUAUAUCUAUAUAUAUCAUACAACAAACUCUUACUCGUGACUUUUUAAUAUGCCGAAGAAAGAAACAAUCACAAACAUCGUAAUUUUAGCAAGAAAAUCUUCCGUCCCAUCGUGUGGAGACAGAGAACAAGCUGUUCGACAGCUUGUGAUUUUCCAAGUGACUUGUAAAUAAUGGAUUUACAUACCAUGUAAAAAAAAAAAUUCAAAUUAAAAUAAGGAAGGCAUACAGUACACGAAAAGCAAAAAAAAAAGGGGGAGGGUUAGUAUUUAUUACCAAUGAGGAUUUAUUUUAUACAUGACACUAUAUUAUGCUGUUAUUACGCAGUCCAGCAUGCGCCGUUCAAGCCUGCCAUGUUAAGGCUAAGUGGAUUGUCAAAGCCGCAGAGGUUAAUCCUAGGUGUGGUAGUGCUGUUGGUUGUGAAUAUCUUAUGGGUGGCCUCAUCAGAAUUCACUCAGUAUAUCUUUAAACAAGAGCAUUACAUCAAGCCAUUCUUCAUAGCAUAUGCAAAGUCUGCAAUGUUUAUGGUAUACCUGUUGGGUUUCCUGGUUUUGAAGCCCUGGAGACAACAGUGCAGCCGGAACAGUAAAACUCUUCCUAGAUUUGAACCUGUUGAAGAACACCCCAUUGAAGUGGACAAGCUAUUGGGUGAUUCAGUUUUCGUGCCACUCAAGUCAGAUGAUAAAUGCAAUUCCACAGAAUCGGAUGAUUUAUCUGACCGGGAGAACACAACAAUAGUGCGGUUUAAUAAUCUUUUAGAAAUUCGUCAACUUUCUGAUAUCUAUGCCGAAGAGUCAGUCAUAGCCCGAUUAUCAUACAAUGCCUCCAUACGAGCUGAAGAGGCUAAAUUACGAGCUCUAAGCAAACUUAGCCUUAAACAAUUGGCAAAGGUUGCCAUAAUAUAUUGCAUCUUAUAUUUUGUUGGGAACUUCUGCUACCAAAAGGGGCUCUACGAGAAUGAGACGAACAUUGUCAAUGUUAUGUCUUCUGCAACUUGUCUCUUCACCCUCAUAGGUUCAACCAUUUUCCCUAGUAACAGUGCCGAUAGGUUUUCUUUGUCCAAAUUGACUGCAGUAACAUUUGGUAUGUGUGGUGUAGUCUUUGUUAGUUUAUCAGAUACAAAAAUUAAGAAUGGGAUUCCUGCAAGUGCUGUAUGGACCAUUGCCAGUGCAGUCUUUACUGCAAUAUAUUUGGUUGUGUUGAAAAAAAAAGCUGAUCAUGAAGACAAACUUGAUCUGCCUAUGUUUUUGGGUUUUGUUGGAUUCUUCAGUACGACGCUGUUGUGGCCUGGCUUCUUUAUUUUUCAUUAUAGUAAGUUGGAAUUAUUUGAGUGGCCAAGUGACAAACAAUGGAUGUUUUUGGCCAUCAGCGGAAUGGUAGGAACAGCUUUAACAGAAAUUCUUUGGAUAUGGGGUUGUUACCUAACAUCAUCCCUGAUGGGCACACUAGCCACUAGCCUUCUCAUACCAUUCUCUAUGAUAGCAGAUAUGAUUUUGAAAGGGGUUUCUUACACGUGGAUGUUUUAUGUUGGAUCUAUACCAGUGUUUUUGUCAUUCUUUGCAUUGACUCUGCUAACAUACUAUGAAAACUGGGACCCUGUUAUGACAGCAAUAAAGAAAAUUCUACACUGUAUAUGUCGGCAUCGGCAGCUUAUUCCAAGAUUAUUAAUGUAUAAACAAGUGAAUACGUUAAGUACAUUUGAAUGCGAGAACUGGACAGAGAACAGGCAGAAAGUCUGAUAAAUGCUGGUGAUGUGGUUCCACAGAUAGACUCUUGAUGGAAACGAGUUUUCACUAACGUUAUCGUUAGUUAAACAUCAACAUAAUUCUUCGAUUCUUAAUGAUGUAGAUGCAGUUUUCGUUUGAAAGACAAUAUACUAUUUCCUUCAUGGAAAAAAAAAGGGGGGUGGGUGAAACGGUACAAGAGGGGUAGGGGAAUAUACCCCCUCUUCUACUAUAAACAAUUUGUUCACUGACAUUGUCAAAAACAAAAAAAAAGAAGUUUGUAAAGUAUUCCACUAAUUUAACAUAUCUACGAUUGUUCAUGUUCAUCUUGUCGUUUGUUAAAAUGUUUUUGUUUUCUUAUG